GUCGGCCCGCGUCCCCACCGCCCUCGGCCGCGCCUCGCCUCGGAGGCUCGCCUCGCAGCCGCAGCGGCCCCGCGAGGAGGAGGAGGAGCCGCCGCCGCAGCAUCAAAGAGACCGAAUUCCCGCGGCCUGGGGGGGAGUCAUGCUUUGCGGUCUGUAAUGUCAGCAGAACAGGAGAAGGAUCCCAUUUCGCUGAAGAGAGUUCGAGGUGGUGAUAGUGGACUGGAUGGGUUAGGAGGACCAGGUGUACAACUAGGAAGCCCAGAUAAGAAAAAGCGCAAGACAAAUACCCAGGGGCCUUCUUUUCCUCCAUUGUCUGAGUAUGCUCCACCACCAAAUCCAAACUCUGACCAUCUAGUGGCUGCUAAUCCAUUUGAUGACAACUACAAUACUAUUUCCUAUAAACCACUACCUUCAUCAAAUCCAUAUCUUGGCCCUGGUUAUCCUGGCUUUGGAGGCUACAGCACAUUCAGAAUGCCACCUCACGUUCCUCCAAGAAUGUCUUCCCCAUACUGUGGUCCUUACUCACUCAGGAAUCAGCCACACCCAUUUCCUCAGACUCCUUUGGGCAUGGGUUUUAAUCGACCUCAUGCUUUUAAUUUUGGGCCACAUGAUAAUUCGAGUUUUGGAAACCCAUCUUAUAAUAAUGCACUAAGUCAGAAUGUUAACAUGCCUAAUCAACAUUUUAGACAAAAUCCUGCUGAAAACUUCAAUCAGAUUCCUCCACAGAAUGCUAGCCAAAUAUCUAACCCUGACUUGGCAUCUAACUUUGUCCCUGGAAAUAAUUCAAAUUUUAGUUCUCCAUUAGAAUCUAAUCAUUCUUUUAUUCCUCCCCCAAACACUUUUGGUCAAGCAAAAGCACCACCCUCAAAACAAGACUUUAGUCAAGGAGCAACCAAAAACACUAAUCAAAAUUCCUCUGCUCAUCCACCUCACUUAAAUAUGGAUGACACAGUGAAUCAGAGUAAUAUUGAAUUAAAAAAUGUUAAUCGAAACAAUGUCGUAAAUCAAGAGAAUAGCCGUUCGAAUAGCACUGAAGCUACAAACAACAGCCAUGCAAAUGGGACACAGAAUAAGCCGCGACAACCUAGAGGUGCCGCAGAUACAUGCACCACUGAGAAAAGCAAUAAAUCCUCUCUCCACCCAAGCCGUCAUGGGCAUUCUUCUUCUGACCCAGUGUAUCCUUGUGGAAUUUGUACAAAUGAAGUGAAUGAUGAUCAGGAUGCCAUCUUAUGUGAAGCCUCUUGUCAGAAAUGGUUUCAUCGGAUCUGCACUGGAAUGACUGAAACAGCUUAUGGCCUCCUAACAGCAGAAGCAUCAGCAGUAUGGGGCUGUGAUACCUGUAUGGCUGACAAAGAUGUCCAGUUAAUGCGCACUAGAGAAACUUUUGGUCCCCCUGCAGUGGGCAGUGAUGCUUAAUCACAGGCAUUAACUACAGUGGUUUUUUUCUCCUGUGUAUUACAGAGGUUCAGUGACACAGGAUUUUAAUGUUUUACAUUAUUUUUUUAAACGCACACACAAAAAAUUAUUUACCUUUUAGUUUUUAUUAAUACACCACUUAAUUGCUAGUGCAAACUUUGUAUUGUUUUUGUUUGCUAUCUUAAAUAAGAAUAAUGUAUAUGGGGGUGCAUUAGAAAGUAAUAUACAAAUAAAUUUUAGUUUGUAAUCAUGAACAUAAAAGCCUCUUGAAGCUUCAAGAUAAUAUAUAGCAAAUGUAGGCAAGUUUUGACUUUUAAAAGUUAGAAUCAUUGAAAAAUGUAUCAGUUGACCCUUGAACAACACAGGUUUGAACUGCAUGGGCCCACUGAUUUUCAAUAAACACAUAGUAUAGUACUACAUGAUCCACGGUUGAUUAAAUCCCAGGAUGCAGAACCACAGUUUUGGGGGGCUGACUGUAAAGUUGUAUUCAGAUUUUUGACUGUUAGGGGGUCGGCACCCCUAGCCCCCACGUUGUUCAAGGGUCAGGUGUAUUCCAGUGCUGAACUUUGGCAAUAUCAAAUUAAAUAUUUAGUUCAAAAAGAUAUUUGAGGAUCCAUUUAACAUGUUUUCAGAAAGAAUAUAUGUAGCUAAAACAUGGAAGAAAGCAUACAUUUUAAUGAGUGUUUUAAAAAAUAAUAGAGUAUGACACCAGAUUUGUCCCAUAUUAGGGUCCUUGAAAUUAGUGACCUUUUUGUAUUAUCAACUCAGUCUUUCCAGGAUAUCUGUUUGUACAGAUAUGAGACAGAUGUUAGCAUAUAGUAGAUGUUCAAUAAGUAUUUGUUGAUUAACUUGUGGAUUGUACCACAUGAAAUUGCUAACAUUAGAUCAGUUGAAAAUUGACUACAAUUAGUAGAGUUGUCAUAAAGGAUUUUUUAGUUGUGCUAUUUAGAAAUAUAACAGUAUUAUGCUCUUCACUCUUCAAUUUGAUUAUUGAGUUAUUAUUGUUUUCCAGAGAAAUAAAUAAUACAGUAUCCUCAAAAGAAUUGUGAAUACUUUUCUUAAUAUCAUUUCAAACCAGGGACAUAUUGCAAAUGAGAUAGGUAGAAACAUCAAUUUGGCCUUAGAGGGCUCUGCUGGCAAAAGAGUGGUGGGUUGAAAAAUCUUUUUCUGGGGAUCUGAAAAUUAAAAAUGAGCCUCAGGGGAGUUCAAAAUCCAUUUUAAGCAAAGAUCAAUUAAGAGCCAAGAUGAGAGCUUACUCACAGUUCGAGGCCCUGCAGCAGACAGGAGUUUCUGCUGUGACUGGGGAAAGUGUAAAAAUGGACCUGAGAGGAUUCUCUUGAGAGACGGUUAAGAAUGGAGACAGUUGGAGGUGCACUCAUUAAGCUUUGAAACAACAGAAGCCUGUUUUUGCAGCGGAUCAUAACCUGUGACCCAAAAAAAGGAUUCUAUAUGACAAUUGAUAAUAAUUUCUACAAUGGUUGGAUGUUGGUAAAUCUCCCAAACUUGAACCAUCGUUGUGACCAAAAAAGUUCUGAAGACUGUGGUGACCUGCAAAAGGGAUAAUUUAAACCUUGGUGAAAUGACAGCAGCAGCAAUAUUGCCAAGAAAUUUAAAUUAAGCAUGAAAAUUUUGAUUAUAGUCCUUCGGUUAAUAAGCAUGAACCCACACUUUUACAUGACAGCACUGGUGUCACAUGUCACAAGCCACUAAAGCAAAGUUAAUUGAAUUAUUCAAUUCUGUUUACAGUGUAGUCACCAGAACUUUAUCCAGUGAACUGGUGUAGUUUUCAUCAUUUGGAGAUUUUUCUAAGAAACUUCAUAUUCUCCAAUUGAAACACAGUAAUUGGAGGGUUUGAACAGUUUAUACAGCCUAGCAAAUCAUGAAUUUUAUAAAAAUGAAAUAUUUAAUGUCCUAUUAGAAGAAAACUAUUAAUGCUUGUGAUGUGUAUUUUGAUUGAAUAAAACUUAUUUUUUUAAGUAGUGUUUUAAUUUUGACCUACAGAAACAGCAAUUUCAUAUGGUACAAGGCAAUAUAAGGUUUUCUGUAUUUACCUGUGACUAGUUAGAGAUGAGUACAAGAUAUUUUAAAUAUAGUUGUAAUAUAAAUGUCUUUAUAGUUUUAGGAAAUGAAAUGAUAUGAACUCUAAUACUAGGUACUCCUUUGUGUGAAAACUUUACCAGUUGAAGCAGGUUAAAAUGCAGUAGUUUGGGCUGACUCUUGACAUUUGGUAUGUUCAGUAGCAUACUCGAAGAUCACAUUUUGCUUACAUUGUAGUUUUUGUUAAAGAUACAUAAUUUCCUAAAUGUUUAAGGACCUAAUUAUGUUGUUUUUGAAAUCCUAGUGAGUGCAGAUUUUUAAGAUAUGAUACACUGUAUGCUAUAUGCCUAGUUCUAGCAUCAGAUCAUGUUUUUUUUUUUUUAAUGACUGAAUACAGUUAGGUAGAUGCUGAGUAGAACCUUCCAAUGUCUUCAGGAGUUAACACUUUACACGGUAGUACUCAAGUUGUGCUCAUUGCUAAAACUGAUUAUGCAGUUUCUAAAGCCCUCUAUUGCUUACACUUUUAUUAGUUGCUUUGUGAAAAUAACCUCUCCCAAGUUAGUCUAAAAAUACUUGAUUUAUAAUGUGAUUCUUUUAUUUUUCAUUUCCAGGUAGUUGUUUUUAAAAACUUACAAACAAGUGAAUUUUUAUUCUUGUAUUUAGGUCUUAAGAGCAUCUUACUUAAAUACGAAUCUGUUAAAUUUACAGAAGAAAAACCCGUGGUUGAUUUUAACAGUGAAUCAUAGGCAAACUACAAUCAUAGCUGAUGAAUGUUUUCAUGUAUUUGAAUUAAUUUUCUCACUAGUUCCACAUUUGUGUCUACAUAACACUGUCAGAAGUUAUCUAGAGGCUUUUUGGUAGGGAAAGUGAUGAACUAUAAGAAUGGCCAGAUAUUAAUUUGCCUAGUGUGACUCGAAGGCUAUGAUACAAAUCAAUAUGGCUUUCUUAAGACAAGUGACGAGCUGCCCUAAACAUUUAAAAAAUACUCAGUGAGGGAAAUAAAUGCACACAGGUGGCAUAAUCUUCCCAUAGCAUCGCACCUUUUUCGGUGUAGUCCUUUUCCAUCACUGAAAGGCCUCAUCUCACAUGCACACAUAUACACAAAGACACACAUAUGUGCAAUUGAGCAGGAAAUCUUGGGGUUUCUCCUGCAUUCUCAAGUUUUGCCAAAGUUCAACCUGGCUAUCAGCAGCUAGGCUCUCUCACCAAGGCUAGGUUACUAGAAAGUUUUAAAGUGUCAGUUCCUUUCUCAGAACUUGCUUUGUUCAUUUCACUAGAGAAUUCCUGAUCCACUUGCUUCUAGAUGCUACUGGACUCCCUAAUGCAGGAACAGCUUAGCUUGCUAUAGAAAAAUAAAUUAUUCUUCAGAUAGAGAGAGUGCUUGGAAUUAGAUUUGUGAUCCAUCUUUUCCUUUUGUGUGAAAUACUUUGGCAUACUGCUAUUAUGAUUCUUGUUAUCCAGACUAGAAGAUUAUGUACAUAAAACAAGAUUUUCUUGUACUAGUGCUUAUUCUUCAUAGAUGAACACAAUAUAAAGAAAU